AUGGAGGAGGCGAAGAGGAAACAAUUGAUUUGGAAGAUUGACAUGCACAUUUUACCCUUUGUGGUAUUGUUGUAUCUAUUCAGCUUUCUGGACAGAGUGAACAUCGGCAAUGCGAGACUUUACGGGCUGGAAGAAGACCUUGGUCUGGUUGGAGACCAGUAUCAAACCGCGGUGUCUAUUUUAUUCGUGACCUACUGUCUUUUCGAGGUCCCGUCAAACCUGCUCAUCAAGAAACUCCGCCCAGGACGCUAUAUCGCGGCGAUCUCCGUAAUCUGGGGCAUCAUCGCCACUUUGACAGGAAUUACCAGGAACUAUGGGGAUCUGAUCGCUUGCCGUAUCCUCUUGGGGGUCGUGGAAGCCGGGUUGUUCCCAGGCCUCGUGACGUACCUGACGAUGUUCUACAGCAAGCGUGAAUUGGCUCUCCGGACAGGAUAUCUGUUCAGCAGCGCUGCCAUAGCUGGUGCCUGCGGGGGUCUUCUGGCGUACGGCAUUGGCUUUAUGGAGGGCAUCUGUGGGCUCCGGGGCUGGAGAUGGAUCAUGAUCAUCGAAGGCAUCCCUACCGUCCUCAUCGGGAUAGCCACCUGGUUCUUCCUCGCUGAUAGCCCCGACACCGCCUACUACCUCAACGAUGACGACAGAGCGCUGGUGGUCCGCCUCCGCAGCCGCCAAACCGGCCAGACCGCCUCGGCCCAGAACUUCCAUUGGGCCGACGUCAAAGAGGGUGCGCUCGACUGGAGGAUCUACGUCUUCUGCAUCGCCCAGUUCGGCGUGGACACGAUGCUGUACGGUUACAGCACAUUCCUCCCCACCAUCAUCAAGGGCAUGGGGUCAUGGUCUACUGCUGAAGUACAGGCGCUCACCAUCCCCUGCUAUGCAUUGGGGGCCCUGGCAUAUCUGGCGGUGGCGUGGAUCAGCGACCGGACCCAGCAGCGCGCGCUCUACUCCUGCAUCUUUGCCGCCAUUUCCGUCGUCGGAUACGGGAUCCUCAUCUCGGAUACGUCCUCGGGCGUCCACUACUUCGGAGCCCUGCUCAUCGCCUUGGGUCUGUACGUCGCCGUGGGUCUUCCCCUCGCAUGGCUGCCUACCAACCUACCGCGCUACGGAAAGCGAACAUUCGCCACUGGUCUGCAACUCACCUUUGGCAACGUGAGCGGCGUCAUGUCUCCCUUUCUGUAUAAGACCAAUGAAGCCCCGCGCUACGUGCGCGGAAACGCCGUGACGCUCGCGCUUGUCGGGUUCGCGGGGGUCAUCUACGCUCUGAUGUGGGUUUACUAUCGCCAGAAGAACAGUCGCAGAGCCCAGGGUCUUGAGGAUGAGAAGGUCGCUGGGUUAACGGAUGAGCAGAUCGAGGAGCUUGGGGAUAAGAAUCCUCGAGAUGAUGAUGCCCGGCCGUGGAAUAUUCUUCACCAUCUUGGGGGCAAUGGGCCUUGGAUUGAGAAGACUGAUGGGGGAGUUGAGGCGCAGGGGGUUGACCCGCCGGAGGGGUGCUCGGUUGAUCAGGUUCAUAUGAUGUCCCGCCACGGAGAGCGAUACCCGACCACAUCAGCAGGAAGCCGCCACCUGGAAUUCCUCAGCAGACUCAAAGAAGCCAACGUCAUCACCAACGGCUCCCUGUCCUUCCUCAACAACUGGACCUACUUCACCAACACCCCAGAGAAAGACUUCGACCAGCUAACAACCACCGGGCCCUACGCAGGCACCCUGCAAGCCUUCACGACAGGCGUCCGCUUCCGCACCCGCUACGGCCACCUCCUGGCACCGCAGAAGGUGCGCCUCUGGGCAAGCGACUGCAACCGCGUCAUCGAAUCAGCGCGGUACUUUGCAGCGGGCCUCUUCGGGCUCGACUGGGAAGCGAACGGCAAGGCCGAGCUGGAAAUUAUCCCCGAGACGGCCGACCGCUUGGCUGACACGCUGACACCAGGUGAUACGUGUCUGCGGUACGUCGACGACGCGGUUGCCGGCCAUGACAAUGGCGCCAACAUGCUGGCGCUGUUCCAGCAGGCUUAUGCCCCGCCUAUUGCGGAGCGGUUGAUCUCGCAGGAGGGUAAUGCUGAGUUGGGCCCGUUCAGCAGUGUAGAGGUGUUUAGCAUGCAGGAGAUGUGUGGGUUUGAGAUGAUCGCGCGCGGCGCGAGUCCCUGGUGUGAUGUCUUCACCAAGGAGGACUGGGAUAACUUUGAGUAUGCUCGUGACUUGAUACACUACUACCGUGCGGGUCCUGGGACGCCGUAUGCUGGCGCGAUGGGAUGGCUGUGGUUGAAUGCUACGGCGGAUUUACUCAGGAAGGGGCCUGAAGCUGGGACUACGUUUUUCAGUUUUGUCCACGACGGGGACAUCGCUCCGUUUCUCACUGCGCUGGAUAUCAUGAAAGAUCCGAAAUACGAUCCCUCUCUGCCUACGUCGCACAUGGCUGCAGACCGUGCGUGGCGUACGUCGACCGUGAUGCCGAUGGGCGGUCGUAUUGUGCUGGAGAGGAUGGUUUGUUCGGGUGGUGCUGGUGAUGAACCGACAUACCUCCGUACCCUUAUCAAUGAUGAGGUUGUCCCGCUGCCGUACUGUCAGUCGGGGCCUGGGAUGUCCUGCUCGUUGAAGGAAUUUGAGGAGCAUGUCGAUAGACGGAGACGGGAAGUGGGUGAGUUCGCAGACGUCUGUGGGAUAGAGGGUGAUGCAGGGGGGAUCACAGUGAGACUUAAUCCUCAGCAGACACAUCAGAUUGUGCAUCUCCGUACUAAUACAGUCAGUGAAUCCCGCAACCCCCGACGACCACCCGAAGAAACCGGCCCGUUCGGCAAGCGACGAAACGCCCGAUACGAGCACACCCGAUCGCGCACACGGACAGGCACACCCGCAAAGCGCGAGAACCCCAACGUAGCCGAGUUCGGGCGGCUCUUCGCCGCACAGCAGGAAGACGAACAAGUGCGGAGCAACACGCUGCCGAAGUCGUCGUCGAGUAGCAGCCUGGACAACGUGCGCAAGCAGGUCGCGGAGAAGGUCGCCACGGAGUGUAUCUUUUACGGAUACAGCAGCAAGGACUUUGAGUGGAAGGUCAUCGACAAGUAUGAGCGCAUCUCGCGCGGCGCUAUCUGCGAGGAUUACCCGCGCAGCGACCCCAACUCGGCGAGCUCGUUCUCUCAGCUGCUGAGUGGUGGGGAUGUGGUUAUUCGGAAGGAUCUGUCGGUUGAUGCGAAUCGCAAGUCGAAGCAUUAUGCUGGGGGUUAUCAUUGGAUUAAGGUCACAUUCGACUCGACGACUGCUGCGGAUCGGGCUUGCUUUUACUCGCCGCAGGAGAUUGACGAUCAUCUGGUGUUCUGCGAGCUGUACCGUGGUCAUGGUCCGUCGGAGGAUGUUCCCAUCCCCAAGGGGUCCGCCAUGGCAGGGCAAUUUGCGUCCAAGGCGCCGCGCACACUGAGCACAUCACACUCGACUACCUUCCUCCAGGGCAAGGCGCAAGAGCGCUCCACGUUACCGCGAUCGUUCGCGAUGAACAAUCUAUCCAGUGUACCAGACGUCGACGAGGAGGCGGACGAGCACUCGCAAUCGCUGGAGUCCACCCCGACCGCCAGCUCAGCCACAGCCACCGGCAUCGACCAGGGGUCGUUCUCGGGGCUGCAACAGCGGCACGCGCCGCAGGAACCCAAGCCUGAGUCUGAAUUUAUGACGCACAUCCCCACCGUCCGGCGAACGAAGCUACGCCCUAUGGUGGAGGCCCUACCGCCGCAGCCGACGGUCACAGAGCGCGUGCUCCGCUCGAUCCCCAUCCUCAGCUGGUUCACGGGCGACAUCGUCGGCGACGGGCCGCAGCUGAAAGAAGACGGCACGUUCGACUACGACAAGUCGAACACUUACUGGCGACUGUGGUAUAUGGUGGAUAUGGUCCUGGGUACGGACAUUUGCGGACUACGCGAGGAGUCUUGA